UUGGUCGUUACGGUUUGCGACAUGGACCUCCUUGUCGUAGCCAUUGGUUAGACAAACGCGUAGCCGCACGAAUCGGUGUUUGCGUCGAGCCAUGCAAUUGUCGAAACGACGAACCUUUCUCGAGUUGCGUCUCGGUACGGACCAGUUGCUCGACGUCGUGUUGCACAUUCGCGCCAGAGACUGGUCGUGGUUUCACGAGGAAGCACCAUCGGUAGAACAAAAAACCAAAUUCGAAGAACUGUUGGACCUACUCCAAUCCAACAUCGUUCCCCGUGUCUUUCAGGACGAAAUUGAACUCCUCCACGAGACCGACAGUGUAACGAAGGAAGGGUCCACCCCGAUGCCCCGCCAUCUCGGUCCCGGAGGGAUUCCGAUCGUGACGGGGGAGAACAACGACAUUCCCGCCACCGCUCGCGGUAAGAAAGCUUCCAAGCGUCCGCGUCAAACCAAAAAGCAAAAGGAGCUCGAGCAGAGACAAGCAUUGGAGGUGGAAAGGGAACAACGAGACGCCACCAAAGACGUGCGGUACGCGUUCGGGACCACCAUGCGCCUCGCCUACCGUUUGGUCGUCAUUCCGCCGGGUCGUACCGCGACUCUGGUCUUUGCACCGCAUGCUUCCCAAUCCAACACUUCCAUGCCGGCAUUGCAGGCGUUGACCAAACUUUCUAAGCGUUUGCAUAUUUGGUGCUCGCCAUACCGACACCACCACACACACUCACAUUCCAGCAGUGGAAACCACGAAGACGCGUUGGCUACGGCUGUACGGGACGAAGGCAGCGGCUUCUAUCGCCCAGAGAUGAUUCCCGUCUCCAAUCUAUUUCGCAUGCCGGCUGAGGAGGAAACUUGAACGAGGUCGAUGGCCGUAGUCAAUGAUAGCGAGAAUG